UAACUUUCUCUUUCCUUUCCCGGCGGAGGCGGCGGCAAUGGCGGGUGUACCGUGCUUGCCUGUUUUUCUUGAAGAACUCACAUGCUCCGUUUGCCUGGACUUUUUCCAGGACCCCGUGCUCAUCCCGGAGUGCGGCCACAACUUCUGCCGGGGCUGCCUGACCCGCAGUUGGGGGACGUCGGAAUCGGAGGCUUCCUGUCCCCAAUGUAGACAAACCUUCGGACUCCGCAGCCUCCUCCCCAACAGGCAGCUGGCGCGGAUGGUGGAAGUGGCCAGGCAAUGCGGAGGUCCUUGGGGCGAGGAAGGAGGGAGCUUCUGCCCGAAGCACCGGGAGCCCCUCAAGCUCUUCUGUAAGGACCACCAGACCCUCAUCUGCUUGGUCUGCGACCGAUCCAAAGAGCACAGGGGCCACUCGGUGAUCCCUGUGGAGGAGGCUUUCCUGGAGUACCAGUUCAAGGUUGAGAAUUGCCUGAAGGCUCAGAAGGAGGAGAGAGAGAAAAUAGCUACAUACAAAAGAGACACAGAGCAAAGAGUGCAGGAGAGGCUUGACUUCAUCAAAAAAGUGAAAAUAAAUGUAGUGGCUGAAUUCAGAGAGCUACAACUCUGGUUAGAAGCACAGGAGAAGCUUCUGUUGACAAAAAUGGAAGAAACGGAGAAGGACAUUAUGGCAAGAAAGGAGAAAGGUUUGGCCAAGCACAUGGAGGAACUGGGGUCUCUUGAUCAUCUCAUCCAGGAGAUAGAAGAGAAGCUUCAGCAACCAGCCAGCAAACUCUUAAAGGACAUUGGAAGCAUCUUAAAGAAUUACCAGGCAAAGGAAACAUGUGAGAAUCCGGUGGAUUUACUUCUAGAGCCAAAGUGGACAAUCUGGGAUUACAAUGAUAUCCCUGGGCUUCUGAAAAGGGCCAUGAUAAAACUGAGAGAUAUGCUGGAAAGUGGACUUCAACUACAGGAAGAGAAUAUAACUCUGGAUCCAGACACAGCCAAUCCUGAGCGCCAUGAUGUCUCCAAAGAUCGAAAAAGUGUCAAAGGAAUUAAGCUAGUUAUAGGAAAAUAUCCUGUCUCGGACCGCAAGAGAUCUUAUCCUUGUGUCCUUGGCUGUCAGACGUUCUCAUCAGGGCGACAUUUCUGGGAAGUUAUUGCAGGAGGUAGAGGAAAAUGGGCUAUAGGGGUUGCCAGCAAGCCACUGAACUUAACAAAUGUUGAUGACCAGACCAGGCGCUGGGAGUUUUGGAAAUGGGUAGGAAAAUACUUGGCUACCUCUCAGUCAGAAUACACUGAACUGGUCCUGACUGAGGAGCCCACGAGGAUCCGCAUCUCUCUCAACUGUGAAGAGGGACAAGUGAGCUUUUUUGAUGCCAGCACAGCAACUCUGCUCCAUACAUUCUCAGAUGCUUCCUUGGUUGGAGAUACCCUUCUGCCCUAUUUCUAUUUGGACGAGGGCACCUGCAUGACACUCCCCUAAAAAAGGGACAUCCGUAGACAAAACUUUGGAAAAAUCCCUAUUUGCCAAGCAAUGAUCUCUGAAAGCCUUUAAAGCAGAGAUUCCUUAGGUUUUUGCUAUUUCAGCUUCCUUUAUUGUUUUAUGCCACUCUGGUUAGUCAGUCAGUCAUUAUAAAGGAAUAACCUGAUCAUCAUUUCUAUUUGUCUGGAUUAAAAAAAAAGAGCUUUAUUGGCUUUAGCAUCAUGUUUUCAGGGGUAUCAGUAUUAAAGAUACCUUACAGCUAA